AUGGCAUCAUUACUGUCUCUCCCACUGGAGGUUUUGCAACAGGUCUUAGCCGAACUCGCCGACAACCCACCAGAACCACCUAGUUUGGAGUUUUACGUCCCUCCUUUCAACUCCAACCCAACGUCGGCUAUACUCUGCCAGACAUGCCGCAGUCUCCGUGAGAUUGCUGAGCCGGUCCUUCACCGACACAUUUACAUUCCAAAUGCGAAUGUGAAGAAGUUCAUAUCACUGUUCAAGUGUUGGAAAGCACGGCCUCACUGCGCUCAGUACACCCGAAGACUCACAAUUGAGGCAAGAUCACAACGCCUUGAAGAAUAUUCCCACCGUGCAGUAACGCGUCUCAUUGAUCUUGAAGAUGCCGAUUUCGUUUCUGGCAUCAUCCAAGAUGUAGGUCUCGAGAUACGACCCGAUUGGUACGAGUAUGACUGGAACAUCAACGUCUUCGUGGAAGUCGCCAUGUUACUGGCACAGAACGCCGAAUCCGUUGAGUUGAUGUUUGAACCCAAACGCGGCGUCUAUCGACAACCCUUUGACAUGAUCCCCGAGCCGAACAAGACAACUAAGCCAAUCCUCUUCAAUAAUCUUCGACACCUUCACUUGAUGCAACCAGGCCUCAGUACUAUGGACGAGUUCAAGUCUAUUUUGCACUGCGCGCCAAACCUUCAAGGACUUCGGCUUGAUCUUUGCGACGACCCUAUGUCCGUUUUCACCCUUCCGCCGAACCUCACCAGUCUCAUUCUACGGCGUACCAAUCUCAGCGCACGGCACUUCCAAUCAAUGACCUCGAACUUCACCAUGCUACGCCAUCUAGAGCUUGUUUUUAAUGGCUUCUCACGAGAAGCAUCCAUCAUGGAGGCCAUUGCAAAGCAUCGUAACACUUUAACGAGUCUCAUAUUGAUAUCUGGCAAGACUCUUCCCUUUGCAAAGCUGAAGAGUCUCCACAAACUCGAAUCUCUUACCAUGAGCAUCGAGACUGUGCGGCCCGAGGAUUUGUUGGGUUCGCUUCCAUCUUCUUUGCGCGAGUUACGCAUUCUGGAAGAAACGGAUGGCGGGACUGCACAUCGACCUGAAAUAUGGUUCGAAGAUUUCAACGCCGACUUGGAUGCACGGUCGGAAACCCUGCCUCAAGAUAUGGUCAUCUAUAGGAGUUCAUAUUCCAGGGGGAUCAAGUCUGCGCUUACUCUCACCUCCUUCAGCAGGGAUUGCGUACUUUGGCGGGAGACCAUGCCUCCUUCACCAGAUCCUGUGAAUGCUAGCCAUGCACAUGAUGAUCCCAUUAAUCUGAGGUCUUCCCCCAAACCGCGCAGAAGUGGCAUUUGGGCUCUCCUCGCACUAGUACUCCUGGUCAAUCUGGCCGCCAGUCUCUACCAGCUUCCCCUCAGCAGAGUCAUUGAACGCCGCCUCUGCCGCGAGCAUUACGCAGUCACAGAUCCUUCGGUAAUCGAUAAAGAUGGCAAUGUUGCAGAAGGUUUUUGCAAGGUGGACGAUGUGCAGCAGGGUCUUGCCUGGAUUCAAGGGACUAUGGAAACGGCGUGGAUCGUGGGUGACUUCAUCAUGACGGUUCCGUUGGGGUUCCUCGCGGAGAGGUACGGUCGGCGGUCCAUCCUCUGCCUCAACAUUGUGCCCCGCAUCAUCUUGUUGACGUGGGCCGUUAUCGUGGGGUACUUUGAGCAGACCUUGCCGACCAAAGCCAUGAUCGCAUCCCCGUUCUUCUCGGUCCUAGGCGGUGAUUGUGUUUUCAACUCAAUCACAUAUGCCAUAGCUUCCAACAUGACAGACGACCACGUCCUGAGGGCCACGUAUUUCGGAUGGAUGGGCUCCGUGUCGUAUGUCGUCAACUUGCUUGGCCCAGCUCUCGCAUCAGCAUCUAUGAGUCUUCUUCUCUGGCUUCCGUUCUGGAUUGGAAUCGCUCUCCUUCUUCUGGCCAUUCCCGCUAUCUCCCUCUUGGAGGAGUCACCUGACAGCCACCCUGACGCGGACGACCAAGCGAGACCUCUCCUCUCAUCCCCUGUGCUGAAAGCUCAAGACGCCGAUUCAUCCCUUCUGAGAUCCAUCCUCCAGCGCUUCGGCGUCUUGAAGUCUAUCGUCGCAGGUCAUCCCCGCAACAUGACCCUCCUGCUCAUCAGCUUUGUCCUCACCUCGCUCGCAAGCUCGGACACGAAGUUGCUUGUGCAAUACAUCUCGAAACGCUAUCACUGGACGUUUGCGUCUACAGGCUAUCUCCUCUCCGCCAAAGCCGUCGUCAACUUCACGCUCCUGACGGCCAUCAUCCCCGCCAUUCUUCGGUCGAGACAGAAUAGGUUGCGGCAUAUUCCGCCUGAGCUGGCCAGUCACCGGAUGAACAUACACUACGCCAACAUCUGCUUGGUUGUCUCUAUCCUCGGUGCUCUGGCGAUUGCUGUGGCGAGCCGGAUCUGGAUGAUGGUACCCUCGCUGUUUCUCUACGCUCUCGGCUCGGCGCUGCCGGUAUUCACGCUAUCACUGCUCAAGUCUCCCUUCAUCUCACCAAAGAGACACGACCAGCCGGUCAACUCCGCGGACCCAGAGUCACACAUAUUUUCGAUUGUGAUGAUGGUCAAGACUUCAGGAUCGCUUUUAGGCGCACCACUGAUGAUGGUCCUAUGGGUGAAGAGCAUAGCGAUCGGCGGCGCAGCUCUCGGCAUCCCGUACCUUAUUUCAGCCAGCUGUUAUCUUGCUUCUUUGCUCGUCUUAGGUCGCAUCACAACGGAGUAG